AUGGGCUCUCCACCUUUCCAUUAUAUGCUGCGGGCCUCCGGUCAAAGUGAGGUAUGGUAUGAUUUCACAGCCGAAUGCAAAUUUCGGCAGUAUGGCUGGCGAUGCUCCACUAGCGAAGAUGCCUACUCAACUGCCACCCUCAUAGGCAACUGGUCGGAACAGAGAUUUGACACUCGGCACGCUAGAGCAGCAUACCGCCCCCUUCCGUCCCAGUUCUCUCAUUACUUUGAAACUACAUACUCCUCCACAUACAACAAAGGAGAGAACCGUCCAAUUCACCGCACUUUAGGGAGAGAGCCCAGAAGCUUCCCUGGACAUCAGCCUGAACUCGAUCCACCACACACUAAAGGUGUGCCAAACUCCUGCUACAGACUAGACUUCAGAGAGCACGUGCAAAACAACAAAUCAGAAGAGAGCUCCCCCUACAGGCAGACUUCUGCAGGACAUCCUCCCUCUCAGGAGUCCUGA